UCUCGUGUGCAAAGUAGUCUGCAAUCAUGGCUUUUCACUCGGUACGAAGGAGCUGAAAACUAUAUAAUCCCAACGAUCAUUCGUGCAGACACCAACUCUACGCAGAGAAGAUCGACUCAUAAUCAUAAUUCCUUCAGGAAGAGAAAACAAGCCGCAUCCAAUGGACCCAAAUGCCUGCUCCUGCUCCAAGAAUGGAUCCUGCACCUGCGGUGACAGCUGCAAAUGCACGACUUGCAACUGCAAGUCAUGCAAAAAAAGCUGCUGCGACUGCUGCCCUCGCGGAUGCGCCAAAUGCGCCUCUGGCUGCGUGUGCAAGGGAAGCACGUGCGACGCGAGCUGCUGCAAAUGAGCGACAUUCUCCAUUUAUAACGCAUUGACGCACGGAUGUCUCUAAUAAAUAUCUUGCAUUUGCA